UUUAAUUUGGUACGGAGCUUUAGACGUAGGCAGGCAAUCUCAGGCUCAGCAUAUAAAUAGAGAAGAGAGGUCCCUAUGAUCUGUUAGGGUUUGGGCCGACUGCUUUCUCUCCCCUCACUAUCAUGUACGGAAAAGAAUGUCUUAGAAGCUAGGGUUCUACGCUUUUCUGCUUCACUCUUCUUCUCUAGCACAGCACAUGCACAAGAACGAGACGCUUCCUCAGCUUCGGCUCUGCUCAUCAGGACCAGAAAUUUUGGUAUAACUGUUUGAGUGUGAAAGAAAUGGAUGACAUACAAAAUAUCACACAAGGGAUGCACGAAUUAAAAUUUGGAUAGAUGGCAGGCUCUUUUCCUCAGGAAAUCAUACAAGAGAUCCUAAUUAAGCUGCCCGUUAAAUCUCUGAUCAAAUGCACCUCAGUGUGCAAGACAUGGAGGUCCAUGAUCAUAAACCCAAGAUUUAUUCGCACCCACGUCAGCCCAGCAGUCCAGUUUGCUAACCAGAAUGACAUUCACCUACUACUCCACAGAGUUUCUGGUUUGCAGAUGACCACCUUCUUCGGCCAAACGGUCAUGUACAAGGUAAAUGACGAGGUUCUCUCUGUGCAUUAUGAUAACCAGGCUUUUGACCACUACUCCAAGAUAGAAUUUCCAAUUGCUACCCAGGGAAGAAAGUACAACUCAUAUAUUCGUGUGGUCGGCAUUUGUGAUGGGCUAUUCUGCCUUGCGGAUGAUAUGUUCCGUUAUUGUUACAACUUCUUCAUAUGGAACCCAGCCAUUAGAAAGUUAGUGACCAUUCCCUGGCCUAAUGUUAGAUUUGAUACGCAUGCUGGGUACGAUGCUUCGAUUGGAUUUGGUUUUGAUGCUACGACCAAUAACUAUAAGGUUGUGCGAGUUGUCACUUUAUUGGAUCAACGUGGGACACCAACUCUCGCUGAGGUUUAUUCCCUGGCCACUGGCACAUGGACCAGUCUUGGUUGUGUUUCUCCUACCUGUCUAACAGAUGGACGUGCAUCCAGUGUUUUUUUCAAUGGGGUUCUUCAUUGGCCUGUAUUCUGUAAGACAAAUGGUGAUCUUUACUAUUUUAUAUUGACAUUUCACCUGGGCAAGGAGGUCUUCCGUAAGAUGCCUAUGCCGAAGAUUAUCAAAUGGAAAUUCGACUCGGGAAUGCAAUUGUCUGUUUCAGAUAACAGAAAAUCUAUUGCUCUGUUCACGAUGGAUAACAGGUUUGAAGAUUCUUUUCUUGAGAUAUGGGUGAUGAAAGAGUAUGGCAUAAAGGAGUCAUGGACCAAAUUGAUUACUCUUGGUCUACAAGGUCCAGAGAGACUUUUACCCAGGGCCUUAUGUUUUAGGAAGAGUGGUGAAGUACUGGUACUUCUCACUGACAAAUCAAGGCAGGAACUAGUAUCACUAGACCUUGAGAGCAAACAGUUUAAAAAUCUUGGGAUUUCUGGAUAUCAAUAUUGCCAUGUUGAUUUUUAUAAAGAGAGCCUCCUCUUACUCGACAAGAGCGAUGCAGAGUCUUACUAAGAGGAAGAACAGAUUUGUAGUGCCGUUACGCCCUUUACCCGAUGUGCCUGAUGUGCAGUAACGCCGUUCUCUUGUUAUCUCAUAUGCUAACAUAUUUUCGUUUUCUUGGUUAUUGUGUUGCAGAUUCGUAGGGCAGUAGUGUUGUAUGCCUGAUGUGGUGGUGUAUUUACCUAGCAUGGAACUUGUUAUCUGUAGUGCUGAUGUGCUUUCUGUAGUAGUUGUUGGACUAUUUAUUCUUCAGCUUUUGAAAAACUGUAAUGGAACUAUGGAAGUAUCUAUCUAGUUACUAAUUUCAUUUGGCUUUGAACCA